GCGAACCAGUUAUCUUGUCUGAUAGGAAUACAUAACUAUCAUUAAAAAUCAAUGCACGUUUAACGUUGCACUUGUUACGGACGGAGCCCUGGAGAGACAUGCAUUUUGGACCCACCCCCAUUUGGAGAUUCAAAGUUGACAAGGACAGGCGGGACCCACUAUAGUCAGUUAGUGCCCACAUCAUGGAUGCACCCGUGAUCUCCAAUGUUGGCCUUGGAGUUUAGUACCGGAACUUUAGAAUUCCCGUCAUUCCGGAACGCGUUUGCUGCAACUGCCUUGAAUUACCUAAGCUGGAAGCUUGAAUCUACUGUACCCUUGUCGGACAUCUGGAGUUCAUCAUUGGCGCAUUCUUUUUACUUACUACCUACCUAGUAGUACUUACGAGCCUUGAGGUACAUACAAUAAUAAUACCUAGCCUUAUUACUCUACCACCACAUUAUCACUUUGCCGCAUCAUCAACAUUCAAAAUCCACAUCUACAAUUCCCACCACCCAAUUUACCCUCCAUACCCUCUACAACAUCCGAUUCGCAAACGAAAUACCACUCCCAAAGGAGUUCCAGCAAUCAUGGCGCUCGACAACUACUACCACAAUAAGAUCGAGGCCAUGAAGCUCGAGAUCCUCAAGGGUCAAGCUGUCCUCCGACGUCUCGAAGCCCAGCGAAACGACUACAAUUCGAGGGUGCGGUUACUACGAGAAGAGCUGGGUCUCUUGCAACAGCCUGGAUCGUAUGUUGGUGAGGUGGUGAAGGUGAUGGGGACGAAGAAGGUUUUAGUGAAGGUGCAUCCAGAGGGCAAAUAUGUCGUCGAUGUCGCCGAUACGGUAGAAAUAGCAAAACUCACCGUGGGCAAACGAGUGACCCUUCUAUCCGACAGCUACAAACUCGAGAAAAUCCUCCCAUCCUCGGUUGAUCCUCUAGUAUCUCUCAUGAUGGUAGAAAAGGUGCCCGACAGCACAUACGACAUGAUUGGUGGUCUGGAUCAGCAGAUCAAGGAAAUCAAGGAGGUCAUCGAGCUAGGCCUAAAGCACCCCGAACUCUUCGAAUCCCUCGGUAUCGCUCAACCGAAAGGUGUGCUUCUCUACGGACCCCCUGGAACGGGAAAGACGCUGUUGGCUCGAGCUGUCGCACAUCACACCGACUGCAAGUUCAUCCGAGUCUCUGGUUCAGAACUUGUGCAGAAGUAUAUCGGCGAGGGUUCUCGCAUGGUUCGUGAGCUCUUCGUCAUGGCCCGCGAGCACGCACCUUCCAUCAUCUUCAUGGACGAAAUCGACUCCAUCGGUUCCUCGCGAGUAGAAGGUUCGUCCGGUGGUGACUCCGAAGUGCAGCGGACAAUGCUGGAGCUUCUAAACCAGCUCGACGGCUUCGAGCCCACCAAGAACAUAAAGGUUAUCAUGGCGACGAAUCGCCUCGACAUCCUCGACCCCGCGCUGCUCCGGCCCGGCCGCAUCGAUCGCAAGAUCGAGUUCCCCCCGCCGUCCGUCGAGGCCCGCGCCGACAUCCUGCGCAUCCACAGCCGCAAGAUGAACCUCACGCGCGGCAUCAACCUGACCAAGAUCGCCGAGAAGAUGAACGGCUGCUCCGGCGCCGAGCUGAAGGGCGUCUGCACCGAGGCCGGCAUGUACGCCCUCCGCGAGCGCAGGGUUCACGUCACACAGGAGGACUUCGAGCUCGCGACCGCCAAGAUCCUCAACAAGCACGACGACAAGGAGGUCUCGCUCCAGAAGUUCUGGAAGUAGACUGUAUCGCAAGCUACUUUUUUACGCGAGCAAGCUGCAUGUGCUCUUUACGGCUUGGGUUUUACAGAACGUGGCCGCAGCCUGGUUUACUAGGACUAGGGUGUGCCGGUUUACACGAAGGAAUGCCUUACGUACCUAGGGUACCUUACCUACCUACUAAGUAGGUAUUCUAGGGCGUGACACACAGGGGGAUUUAGGUACCAUGGAUGGGCUCCAGUGACUCGACAUAAACAUAAAAGGAGGUCAUGUCCUUUUUCUUAUCUUAUUAUUGAGGAACGUGUACAAUAAACCAUAAAUCCCUAGAGAUGAGAUGAUUAGGACUUACAAUACAAGGCGAGAAGGGGCGGGACGGGGGCGAGGUCUAUUAAUAAAGGUCCUCGCUUUUGUUUCACUUGA